AUGGGACGACUAGCAUUGUUUGUCGUUGACCAACCGAUUAGACAUGCGAUGUACGGCUCGAAAACAGUAAAUGCUGUUGCUCAACAGAUAUCUCCCCCAGAACCCUUUCAAGGAGGCUACGGGUGCUUCAUUCGCCACGAUUCAUUGGAGGACGCACGGAAGGCUCCUCCACCGCCCCGAACAUCGAUGUUUGAUGAUUUGUGCUUUUACUACCAGAAUCACAGCAGACAUCUAUACCUUACAGAGGACCCGGGGUCCAUAACACUAUUUGCACAGAAGAUCGUCGCAUCUCAGUAUAUGCUACUGCUGAGCUACUACGGCUUCGUUCUCAAUCAUCUUAGUUGGAGCUUGACGCGGAAGGAUAGCCUAGAUUCCUUCGGCAUGGGCCGAGUCCAACGCGCUUGGAGUGACCUCCAGGCUUAUCAUCGUCGACUCAAGGACCAUCAUCAUAAUAUAGGGCUAUUGAUACUAGCCUUGCAGCUGUCUCGUGAGCCAAACUCAGCAUCACAUCCUGCAAAUCAACCGAGCGCGAGGACACAUGACGCCUGGAAGGACACUGCCCCAGACUUUGUGUACAUUGAAACCGAGCUUGAACGAUUGAAGGACCACGCCAAGGGUUUACAGAGCAGUUUCACGAGUCUGGCUGGGAUUGCAGGAAAUCGUCAGUCACUUGAUGAAGCACGGAGUGUCAGAAUCCUCACUGUUUUGGGCAUGACAUUCUUGCCGAUGUCGCUUGUCGCUAGCUUACUGAGUAUGGGUGGUGAUUACUUGCCAGGCGAGUCACGCUUCUGGGUAUACUGGGCUGUAUCUAUCCCGUCCGUGGUUCUGGUGUUUGGUAUCUCGUGGGUCGCCACUCAUCGACUAAUCGGACAAAGAUUCGGCGCAUGGAGACCGUAG